UUGCGUAAGAAAUCGGUAUACAAAACUGCCUUCUACAUAUAUACCACUGAAUACCACCUGCUACAAGCAAUUUGCAGAUUUGUGGUCUCAAUUAAAAAAAUGCUAUCCUACCUAGUCCUUCCAGCUCAUUUAAUUCAUGUGCUUCCUUUUUGCAUCUCCCUCAUUCUCCACAAUCUUUACUCUGAUUGGUUGCAAGAGGACUAAUGCCUAUUUUAUUUCUGGUUAAUCUAAUUAAGUAAGAACCUGGAACUGUGAUGUCAGUGUAUUAAUAGAAGGAAGUAACGCUUCCUGUAGUAAGGACAGCAAUUCUGGCCCCUUUAGAAGCAGGUCAAAAAUAAAGUAAGACAAGCUGCAAUAAUAACACCAACUCGUUCUCUGAUAAUAUAGCUUCAAGUAAGAUUAUGGCUCGUGGACUGCAGAUAAAAGAUGAAGACAGUGGCUAUAAUAAAAACCUAUUUUGCAUUCCUAAGUAGGAAUUCUAAGGCAUUCUAAGUAGGAAUUCCUAAGUAGAAGAAGACUUAGAAAGAGUUUUCAUUCCUCAUGGACUCAUCCUGGACAGGACAGAACGCUUGGCUAGAGAUAUCAUGCAAGAUAUGGGAAACCACCACAUUGUUGCACUCUGUGUCCUUAAAGGAGGCUAUAAAUUCUUUGCUGAUUUGCUGGACCAUAUAAAAGCACUAAAUCAAAAUGGUGAUAAAUCUGUCCCCAUUACUGUGGAUUUUGUGAGAAUAAAAAGCUACUGUAAGGAUACACCUACAGAAAAAAUCAGUAUUGUUGGAGAAGAACUGUCUACACUAAAUGGGAAGAAUGUGUUAGUAGUAGAGGAUAUUAUUAAGACUGGUAGAACAAUGAAGGCACUACUUUCAAAACUAAAAGACAAUGAACCAAAGAUGGUAAAAGUCGUAAGCUUGCUCAUCAAAAGGAUAUACCGAAGUCCAGGCUAUAGACCAGACUACAUAGGCUUUGAAAUUCCAGAUAAGUUUGUGGUUGGAUAUGCUCUUGACUAUAACGCAUACUUCAGAGAUCUAAAUGUAAGUACACAGAAGUGCGCUUUGACUGUUAUGUACGUGAGUGUUAGCACGGAUAACUAACAGAAAAUAUUAGUUUCUACUAGGAGAUUCUGGUCAAUUAAUAAAACUUCAAAUCUGACUUGAUGCCUCCAUUAAAAGGGUGACAACAUUAUUAAUAUGCCAAGAUGGCAGUUUAAUGUAAAUGCAUGAUAACUUGUUCAUGCCUUACCUUUUUAUGCAACUGUUCUACAAGUCUUGUGGCCCAGCCUUCCUGUACAGUAUUUUGAAUCCUCCAAGAUGGUUUUCAGCACAUAAUCUGCUGGCCCCAUCUAAAAAGAAAGUAACUUGCAAUUUGGUUUUGAUUUCAUGUUUCUAUUAGAAAAGAGCAGCAUAAGAUUUCACUAGUAAAAAUUUUUAAAUGGUAAUAGACUGGACUGUGUGUGAAGGUGUUUCCCACACUGUAAAGUAUGCGCCUCAAGACCUUUUUCCUUUGUUCCAUUAUAGUCUCCCUAUGCUGCACUGAGUUGUAAACAGACCCUGAUAGAAAGAGUUGAUCUUUUUUUUCCCCUUGCUACUGUUCAAAAGCAUCUUCAUAAAUAUGGCUAAGUGGAAAAGUGUCUCAUUUGAAAGUCUUUAAGAAAAAAACAGUUCUGUAGAAGACACAUAACAAAUUUGCAUUAUUGCAAAGCAGUGUGGAGAAGGGCAUGAUAGAUGAACAAAACUGGUCUCUUCCAGAAGACACAAUUUCUCUGUGAAUUAGAUGAAAUUUGAAGCAACAUUAACACUUCAAUUUUACAGCAAGUAGUAAAGUUGCAACCAAACUCGCAAAGCAUAAUGUCUUAGUUCCAAUAUUAGAACACAACCAGGAAUAAAACUGAAAAUAAUUCUUGUGUUUACUUUGAAGGUACAGAUUAAUUGAAGUUGUACACUUUUUUUUUUUUUUUUUUAGCACAUCUGCAUUCUGAUAGAGAGAGCCAAACAGAAAUAUAAAAGCUAGUAAUGUCAGACUUCUGGAGUAACAGUGCAUGGAUGAAUAUGGUAACCUACUACUCAUGUCUGUUUCAUUGAAGAACUGAAUGUUCCUAAGGAUACUCUUCUGUAUAUUUUUCCUAUAAUGAUAUGUGAAACAGCUUAAGAAACAUGAAUGCUUAAGUUUCAGUGAAACCUUAACAAAAUGUUGGCCAUAAAAUAGAUAUUAUAUUCCAUUGGAAUCAUACGAGAUAGAGCCAGGACAUGCACAUGUGUAUAUAAUUACAUCUGGGUUUUUAUUUACUAUAAUAAGUAACAUAUCAUGCAUAUUGUAUAAAAACUGUAGUUACUUAAAAUAUAUACACCUGGAUAACACUGGAAAAAGUAACCAUCAAGGUAAUUAAAGUGAGAUUAGUACUUAAACAUUCCAUUGUCAGUUUAUGUGUUGUUUGUUUUUAUUGUUUGCAGAAGGAAGGGGUCUCACGUUCCUCACACUAUUGUGACCUUAGCUGAAAUUCAGGAAACAAAUUAUUAGCUGUUAAGACUGGUGAUAAACCAUUAUCGCAUGAAAAUACUUCAGCGAGCCACCUGUUUGCUCCUAAUGAGAACUGGCAGUUAUACUGCCCAGACACUGCAACAACGUUGAGAUGCUCUCUGACACCGCAUUGUUUCUUUCCUACAGUAAACGAUUAGAACAGGCUUGGAGACCUUAGUGCUUAGGUACACAAAAGCAAAGAAAUAAACUAGCAAUCUGUGCUUAAGAGAUUUUGCUGAUGCCCCUCAGCUUUUAGCAAAGCCCUAGGCUACAGCUAAGAAGCCUGACAUGUCAGUGGUGCUUUCCAGGAGCUCGUGAGGGCUGGGGACUGUCAUGUGUCACAUUACCAGCUCCUCACACUUGGCAGAGGAGAAAACGAGCGCCCUUACCCAAAGCA